AUGUUACUAUCGCGAAGCGUCUUUUUCAACAGUCGAUCAAUCAACAACUUUUUAAUCCGCUUCAAAACUACACUCGAUUCGUCAAAGGUUCCGGUGCUAGUAGAAACCGAUUUGGAGGAAACGUUCGUCCGUGGGAGUGGUCCCGGUGGUCAAUCUGUGGCCAAAACCAGUAACAAAGUUGUGCUGACACAUCGACCCACCGGAAUCGUUGUUCAGUGCCAUAGCUCAAGGUCGUUGUUCAAAAAUCGAGAGGAAGCCCGGAGGCUGUUGGUGGCAAAAUUGGACGAAUUGUACAACGGUGACCAAUCGAUGGAAGCUCAGAAACAAAGGAUCGAAUUGAAAAAGCACUCGGAAUCAACACGAAGGAAGCACAAGCUACAGGAAAUGAAGAAGGCUUGGAAGGAAAGGGAAUUCGGAGACGAAAAAUAGAAAUCUUUGAAAGUAGUUUUAAAUUCGUUUUAGAGUAAUAAAGCUUAUAAUUACCACGA